CUAUAAGUUAUGGCGUGCAGCCAAAUGUAGAAAGAAAAAAAAUGCUCCUUUUAGUUAUUUUAAAGUGGCAGUCCCUCUAGUGGUCAUAAUCGAGUUUGGUUUUUUUGUUUUUUUUCUUAGCCACACGUUUCAGGGAGGCCGCACAUUUAGAGAACUAAGCAGUUAUCUGUGUUAUCAGCACCAAACAGCGACUACACUCCCUGAACUGCAGGCUGUUAUGUCAUCCUUUGAAGGUAAGAUGAAUUUGGAGGAGUACUUCCGAAGAAUUGGCUUCCAUGGCCCUUCUGAUAAAAUGGAUCUCGCAACUUUGAGGUCCAUCCACAAGCUGCAUGUCAUGUCGAUCCCUUUUGAAAACCUUAGUAUUCACUGUGGAGAGUGGAUCACCAUGGACCUGGAGACUAUUUUCAAUAAGUUGGUGAGGAGCAGCCGUGGAGGUUGGUGCCUUGAGAACAACUACCUGUUUGGAUGGGUGCUGAGAGAAAUGGGCUUCAAUGCAACAACACUGAGCUCCAGAGCUUUCAAUAGGAUCAUUGACGACUUUGGUGCUCUUGAUUCUCACCUAAUUCACAAGGUUGUCAUUGAUGGGAAGCCUUAUAUAGCUGAUGUAAGCUUUGGGGUCUCGUCUCAGAUCUGGGAGCCACUUGAGCUCAUCUCUGGAAAGGACCAACCACAGGCAGCAGGGGUAUUUCGACUUACCAAAAAGGAGGACAGGUGGAUCUUGGAGAAGACAGGCAGGACACCAAAGGUUCUCAAUCCAGAAUUUUCCCAAUCCAGCCUGGUGAACAGGAAAGAGACAAAGCCAAUCUACUGCUUCACCCUGGAACCUCGACAGGUUGAUCAUUUCAUUGAGAAAAGUCAGAGAAUCCAGAGAGAUCCAGCCUCCCUCUUCACCAACAAGUCCAUCUGCUCCCUGCAAACACCAACAGGAUUCAAAGCUCUGAUUGGCUGGAUCUACAGUGAGGUCACCUACAAACCUGAGGAAAGGGUGGACAUAUUUGACAUGAGGAACAUAACAGAGGAUGAGCUUGAUCAAGUCCUGAUGGAACAGUUUAAUAUAAAGCUGCAGAACAAACUAAAGCCUGUGUGCAACAAAACAUUUUACACCCUUUGAAAACCCUCCAAAAGAGUUUGGAAACCAUUAACCCAACAGUUUUACAUAGCAUUAUCAUAUACAUUAAUAUAUAUUAGUUGAAAAAAGUUUAAAUGUGCUUUAUAGAUGUAGCAUAUUGAUUUACCGUACCUAACCCCACUUUGAAGAAAAUGCAAAACUACUGAUAUUAAUGAAAGGUCAACUGUGUGUGUUAUACCAAUAAAAUAAGAACAGUAAUUGUUAAAAGUAAUCAAAUCUUUCAUAACCUUUAAGUUAAACUUUUAAAAUUCAAAGUGCAAUUAUUUCUGACAAAUUUAUUAUGACAUAUUAAUUAAUUUUACAGAUUUAUUCCUUUCUUUGUUGUAAACUAGACUAACAUUUUAAGUAUGCAAUGCUUUCUGAGACCUUAGGAUUUUCAUGCUCAGAUUUUGAUGCCUGUUCAGUUUGCAUAUUUCAUAAUUUAAAGACAACUGACACCUGUACACUGCUGAUGAUCGUGCCAGAAAGACAUCUAUUGCGAGCUCGCACAUAUAGCUUUCUGUAAAAUGUGAUUGCCCAACUCCUCCUGACUAUCCAGAUGGAAAGUUCUCAUUCUUUUUUUGGAUGCACACUGUCAAUAUUUAAUCUAGUAUAAGUACUAGAAAGGGCAAUCUGUACUGACACUGUGAUGUUUACCUCACUGCUUUCUUUGUAUGUGCAACUCCUCUUUAAAAAUUUUUACAAUAAAGUUUCAUUUCACAUAAUUAACAUCAGUAAGGUUCAUUGGAGUACUAAUAAAAUUUGUUUUGGUUUGAGUUCUUAAUCACUUUGCAAAACUGGACUGGUGACAUGUCCAAGUGGUACCUUGCAUCUUGCCUGUUGACUGCUGGAGAAAAGUAAUGCCAUUGCAGCUAUGCAAGGACUAAGUAGAUAUGGAUGGGUGGAUGGAUUUGGAUUCACAGAGACUCAUAUCAGAAGCAGUCAUAAGAUUACAUAAUUGCUCACAUUGAUAAGCUGGACAGUUUUUCUUUUAUUUGUGUAGGCCAUAAUAUUGCCUGCUUUAAAAAUCGCUGUUUCUGAGUCCUAAUAUUCAUAUUUUCUGAGAAGCCAAUAGAAAAUAAAGAUUUACAUAUCUGUGUGUUGAAUGUUUAACAAAUGAGAGUCACUUUUUGCAUAUGUCAUCUAUUUUUCAAUUCACCUUGGAUCAGAUUGGAUGGUGCAAUCAGCUUUCAGGGUAUGGCAGGUCUAAAGUCUGCAGCUUUGCGAAAUCUAUAGUUCGAGGUGUGCUGCUGUUCUUAUGCACAAGCUGCUUGGUUGCAGUUAGUUUUACUUUGUCUCUUUGUUAUCCUGACUUAUCAAAUGCUC